AUGUCAUUGGAAGCCGUUUCGUGUGCCAUGGCUCCAAAGGCCAUCGGACCAUACAGUCAGGCCAUUCUUGCAGCCAAAACAUUGUAUAUCUCAGGUCAACUUGGUACAAAUCCAUCGACAAUGGAACUUGCCGGACCUUCCAUAGAUCAUCAGACGGAACAGGCAUUAAUGAACCUAUCCAACAUUGUUAAAGAAAGCGGAGGCGAAAUGAAGGACAUUGUGAAGACCACGAUCCUCCUAACGGAUAUGGAAUACUUUGAAACCGUUAACAAGAUCUAUGCUAAGUAUUUUACCUAUCCAUAUCCUGCCCGAGCCUGCUACUCUGUGAAAGCCUUACCAAAGAAUGCUCUAGUUGAAAUCGAGGCAGUCGCCGUCCUAAAAUCAUAG